UUGGGUUUGUUGGCGGAAGCAGUUGCGGGCUGGAGGGGAGCUGCCUGGGGUUGUGCGUGCGCCUGCUGAGGCCGAAAACCAACCGGAAAGCACAGUGAGGGGAAAGCAGCUGGACAAUGCUCCCUGGCAAAGUGCUGCAUUGCUCUUUUCCUUCCUUUCUUUUCCAAAAAGGCCGUACGAUGUCCAGUUGGCUGAAUAUACUAUGAAUAAAAUGAAGCCUUCUCUAUCACACUGUUUGACCCUGGGUUAUUUUUUAAUGUUUUUCUAUUGUGGGUGUACUUCAGCAAAAUGCCUUGAACGUGACUGCCACCCACAUACUUGGGACAAGUUGAUCCUUGUUCAUCAUUGGCCAGUGACCGUUUGCAAGAUGAAUAUGAAUGAUUGUGAUGAUCCCCCACAGUUCUGGACAAUCCAUGGAUUAUGGCCAGAUAAAGGAGAAGACUGUAACAGAACAUGGCACUUCAAUGUGAAUGAGAUUGAGGAUCUUCUACCAGACAUGAAACAAUACUGGCCUGAUAUACUUCAUUCAUCUCUAAAUAGCACCCGUUUCUGGAAGCAUGAAUGGCAGAAACAUGGAACCUGCGCAGCCGCAAUAGAGCCUCUUAAUUCUCAAAAGAAAUAUUUUGGUAAAGCAUUGGAUCUCUAUCACAAAGUGGACCUCAACAGUUACCUCUUGAAAGUUGGAAUAAAACCAGGCCAUACACAUUACCAGAUGAGUGCCAUAAAAGAAGCCCUUACAAGUUUUUAUGGAGUGACACAAAAAAUUCAGUGCAUUCCUCCAGAAGAGGAUGAAGAUGUGCAAACGAUUGGUCAAAUUGAAUUCUGUUUCACCAAAGAAUUGGAGCUGAGAAACUGCACACACUCGAAGACUAAUUCCUUCCUAAUGCAGAAUAACUUGAAAUUCAGACAUGAGGAGCUGUCUAUCUGUAAUGAUACCCUGACAAGUUACCCUUUAGAGGUUUAAUUUUAAAACUGAAGCAACAAGAGCUUGACAUGUUUUGUUGUAAAUAUCUUAAAAGAAAAAAAAUUGAGAUCUUGGAAAGCAACAAGAACAGCCCUUUUUCAGUAGGUGAUGAUACUACACUUGCAUACAUUUCUGGAAUCUUGGAAGCAUUAAUGCUUUUGAAGUACUGCCAGUGGAAAGUGCUUUUCAGUUAGAGGCAAUGGUCAUCCUAAUCUCCAUUACAGAGGUGCUAAUCUAUUUUAAAUUCUGUGGGUAAAUGAGAUAAGAAUAUGGUUCACUUUUUUAAAAAGGAAAGUAUGCUUAAAAGUGAAAACUGUGACUUAAAAGUCCAUGGCUUUGUUUCCAACACGACUGAUUCUUUAUCUGGCUAUUUUCUUUUGUAUUUGCAAACAGAGCAUGACUUAACCCCUUGGCCCAAAAUGACUAGAAAUAAUGGUCACAAGCUGGCAGAGGGUAGAUUCAGACUAGACAUCAGGAGGUGCUACUUCACUGUCAGGGCGGCUAGGAUCUGGAACCAACUUCCAAGGGAAGUGGUUCUUGCUCCUCCCCUGGGAGUCUUCAAAAAGAGGCUAGACAAUCACCUAGCCGGGGUCGUUUCCCCCCAGUACUCUUUCCUGCCUUGGCAGGGGGUCGGACUUGUUGAUCUACUCAGAUCCCUUCUGAACCUACAGACUGUGAAACUAUGAAACUUGAGGAACCUGCAAUCACUUUUGAAUGGUUCAAGGCCAGCAUUCUUCAGAUAUAUAGGCUUAUGUAUUUUUUCAGCUAUAUCCAGUACCAAGAUGGUUGCUGCUUCUCCUCCCUGGAUCUAUAGACAGCAGUGGCAGAGUCCAGUAUUAGCUCUCCUGCAGCCACUGGUGAGGUUGUAGCUUUGAAUCCUCACUGAUCUGGUUAAAGGUGGGUGAGCUGCUGCAUGCAUUCUGUAACAUCUUGAUGUGGCUUCUGGUAUAGAAACAAUGUUUUAUUAUUUCCAGGAAUUUACAUAAAGAGCUAUUUACACCAAAUUAAUAAGUCUUGCUAGUGCCCUUGCAGAUGUCUGGGACCUAGCCUUGUUGCUGUCAUGCUACACCAAGAAGUUCUUGCUGUCUCACCCACAAGUAUGGAAUGCCGCACUUCCUGGACACUGUGUUUCCAGGAGGACUUUGUCACGCAAUCAGCCAUGACUCUGGAAAAAUCUUUUUUUCUACAUUCAGCCUUUUAAAAACAAAAUAUGUGUUUUGCUUGAGCAAGGGAGGAGGGGGCAUGCAAGCAAAUAUCCUUCUUAGCUUUUAAAAGGAGGUUUCAUCUAAGGGAAGUUAUUCUUCAGAUGCAGGAACAUACUGUAUGGCAGUAAUUCUUAGUCUUUCUGGGUCCAUUACUUGACUUCUAGUCAAAGCCUGAUUCUUCCACUAGAACUAUUGGGUUACUGUCCCGCCUUCAAGUGCUGAAACUCCAGGUUGGGAACUGCUGCUAUACGUCCUGACAGAGAAGUUGUUUUGAAAAUAUUAAAUCCAGUAUUAGUUAGGAAAGUAAUACUUCCUCUUAAAGUCCAAUUAAGAGUGUCAACAGUUUUUUGUUUUUUCCAUCUACCUCUCUCUGUCUCCCAUAUACCAUCUUGUAUUUUAGGAAGGCCACUACUCUCUCAUUCCAGAAUGCUGUGGUGUUUUGAAGAGUUUAUUUAAAUAGUGGAAACAUUAAUAAACUGAAGGCAAAUACUUUCCAUACUCUACAUUACUUCCCUUUCAUGCUACAAAGGUCUUUCAGAUUUUACUGCUUAUCUCUUCAUCCCAGGGGGCAGAAAGCUUUACUGAUAUGAAUUGGAUAAUAUAAAGUUCUGCUCCUUUUAAAAUCCAUCCUGUCCUGUGGAAGACAGUUGCCCCUCCUUCUCCUUCUCUCCUCUUUCCCCCCUCCCCCCCAACCAAAGAAAAAGCCUUAUGUUUGUGUUCUCCUUUACAUAUAAAAAAAAAUAGCUUGAUAGAACUGAACUUUUAAGUCCAGGGAUUUUAAAGGGACAGGAGUGAAUUUUGCUUUGUUGCACCAUUGAUACUGACUAGGUGUAGAAGUAAGUUGUAUUACUGUAUAGUUAAUGAACCAGAUGCUGAUACUGUAGCACGCAAUGCUUUCUGUGAUUCUUGUAUGGUAAGCCUGAAUAACAAGUUAGUGGCGAUACAGAUGCAACAAAAUGCAUAUUCUUCUGUUGAAUCUACACGUGAGCUUCAAACAGUGGGAACCUGCAUAAACACCAAAGAGCAGAAGUUGGUUCAAAGAGUAAAGAUAAUCCAUGGCUCAUGAGAAUUGCUUUGGACAUAUUCCAGAGAAAGGCAGUGAAAUAUUCAUAGCUGAAACAUCGUCUUCUGCGGAGGUUAUGAGGUCCAUAGUUGCUUGACCAAGGUUGAUUUAAUAGCUGAUUAUUCAAUUCUUCUUUUCUAGCAGGAAUAGGUAAUUGGGAGGAUCUUUUAAAAUUAAUUAGUUCAAUGAUCUAUAGAAUUUUAUGGGAAUUGUUGAAUUACUUUGUCAAUGUAUAGUACCUAAGGCUUUUGAGGAACGCAGCCUGCUAGUUGAAACAUUUAUAUUUUUAAGAGGGAAAAUCACAUUUUAAAAUCCUGAUAAAAAUAUUUUCAUGAAAUGAAAUAAAUAUUUUUUUGGAAGUCA